AUGCUUUCCACACGAAAUGUUCGUUUGAUCGUGCCACUCAUAGCUUUGAUCACGGUUGUGGCUUUGGUGAUAUCUUCGUCUUACAGUCCCAUCUCCACUCUGGUCCAAAAGGUGAAGGAAAAGGCUGCCGAUGCUGUGCCAUUCUCUACCGAUGAGGAAGAUAAGAACACACUUCAAGGAAAGCCUCAUGUUGGUACUGAGGCUCCUUACGCGGCUGGCAAGCCCCUUUCAGGAGGCUCAUCUUCUGGUGGAAGCGGCAAAUACAAGGCCGACACUGGGCUCAAAGGUGGCGUUGUGGCUGACACAUCCAACAGUGAAAAGUCCCUGGCCCAAAAGCUUUCGUUGGAAGGAGCCGGUUCUGACUCUGCGUUGAAACCACCUAAGGGAACAGCAAACAAAGGUCUUGGAAACGAGAAGUACGGAGACUCUGGUUCUGUUGCAAAGGGCAAAACUAAUGGUGCUUGUAACAGCAGAGACUUUGUGGUAAUGAUCGAUGCUGGAUCUACUGGACUGCGUGUUCAUGUUUACGAGUUUGAUUCAUGUGUUCUGCCUCCAGCGUUGAUCCAAGAAACGUUCAAGAUGAAUAAACCUGGCCUUUCUUCAUUUGACACCGACACUGUGGGAGCAGCCCAUUCUUUAGACGAGUUGUUGGAAGAGGCUGUUAAUACUGUACCAAAGGAUAAACAAGGUUGUACUCCUGUAGCUGUCAAGGCCACAGCUGGUUUACGUUUGUUGGGAGAAGAAAAGGCAGCUAAUAUCUUGAAGGAAGUAAGGAGCCACUUGGAAAAAGAUUACCCAUUCGCAGUUGUUGAAGGAGAUGGAAUUUCUAUGAUGGACGGUGCAGAUGAAGGUGUUUACGCUUGGGUCACCGCCAACUAUUUGUUGGGUAACAUAGGAGGUGCUGAAAAGACUCCUACUGCUGCUGUGUUUGACUUGGGAGGUGGUUCAACUCAAAUUGUGUUUGAGCCUCAGUUCUCUCUGGGUGAAACUAUGGCCGAUGGAGAUCACAACUACCAGAUUUCGUUUGGAAACAGAGACUACACGUUAUAUCAAUACUCUCACUUGGGAUACGGAUUGAUGCAGGGCCGCAACAAGGUUCAUGGAGUGGUAGUUGAACUGGCAUUGAAAUCCGGUACUAAAUUGAAAAAGUACACCAAGAAAGAUGAAUUAAAAGACCAAAAGGCUCUGGUUACAUUAAAUAAUGCUUGCAUUGCUCCAGGAGUGGUGGCUGAGAAUGUUCAAGUUGAACUUGCCAAGGAUGAAUUCUACUUGGUCAAUAUGAAAGGACCAGAGGCUGACUCUUCUAUUCACGCCGGUGCCAACUGUCGGUUCCUUGCUGAGAAGGUAUUGAACAAGGAUAUCGAGUGCUCAGAAAGUCCAUGUUCCUUUAAUGGGAUUUACCAACCUUCCUUAACAAAGUCUUUCAAUGCCUUAAAUGACAUGUAUGUUUUCUCAUACUUCUACGACACUACCAACCCAUUGGGAUUCCCAUCCAGCUUCACUGUUGGAGAGUUGAGUGAAUUGGCCAAAGUUGUAUGUGGGGGUGAAGCGUUUUGGGGAAGUGUGCUUCUUGAUGACGGGGUGGGCAAGUUGAAUAAAGAGCCCCAAUGGUGUUUGGACUUAUCGUUCAUCACCGCCAUGUUACACACUGGCUACGAUAUCCCCUUGCACAGAGAACUCAGAACUGCAAAGACAAUUAACAACAACGAAUUGGGUUGGUGUUUGGGAGCUUCUUUGCCAUUGUUGGAGAAAUCUAGUGGUUGGAAAUGCCGAAUUCUGGAGGUGAACUAG